AUGGACAAUCAGGACAUUCCUUUCCUGACCACGGUGGAACUUUCGGAACUCAUCAGGACGCGCGAGGUCUCCCCGGUCGAGGCGACCUCCGCUUACCUUGAUCGCAUUGAGGCCCUGAACUUCAAGUUCAACUCGUAUCUGACCGUCUGCCGCACCGAGGCCAUGGCUGCCGCCGAAGAGGCAGAACAGGCCAUCGCUCGCGGAGACUACCUCGGGCCGAUGCACGGCAUUCCCGUGGCGGUCAAGGACCAGAUAUGGACCAAGGGCAUCCGCACGACCGUCGGCUCCCGCCUGAUGGCCGAUUUCAUACCCGACGAAGAUGCCACCGCCAUUGCCAACCUGAAACGAGCCGGGGCCGUCCUGCUGGGCAAGACCAACCUCACAGAGUUUGCCCUCGGCGGCUCCCAGCGCUAUGGCCUCAACCGAAAUCCGUGGAAUCUCGACCGUUUCACCGGCGGUUCCAGCGGCGGCUCCGGCUCAGCCACCUCCGCCUUCCUCUGCUCCACGUCCCUCGGCGAGGACACGGGCGGCUCCAUCCGUCGUCCCGCCGCCUGGUGCGGCAUCGUCGGCCUGCGCCCCAGCUGGGGUAGGGUCAGCCGCUACGGCGUGGCCCCCGGCUCGUGGUCCAUGGACCAAGUCGGCCCCAUCUCCCGCACUGUCGAGGACGCCGCCAUCACCCUCGGAGCCAUCGCCGGCCACGACCCCAGGGAUCCCUAUUCCUGGGACACGCCCGUCCCCAACUACCGGCACGCUCUGGGCGGCGAUCUCUCCGGCGUCCGCGUAGGCGCCAUCCGUGAGCUGAUCGAAAGCGAAAUCGUGGACCCCGAGGUCAGGAACGGCAUCAGGGCGGCCGCUGCGGUUCUGGAAGAACUUGGCGCAACUGUGGAGGACGUGUCACUGCCCCUAACCGUCCACGGUGGAACCUGGCCGCCGCGUUGA